AUGGCUGCUAGAUCAGCGCGAGUUGUGGUGAUACAGCCCUGGGCGGCGCCUGUAGGAGUAAUCACUACCACAACAUACGGGGGAAAUACGACCGUUGUCGGGGCUCUGGGUCAGCAGGGUUACCCUCCACCACAGCAAGGGUACCCUCCGACCCAGCAGGGGUACCCUCCACCACAACAAGCCGGGCAGCAGGGGUACCCGCCGCCCCAGCAGGGGUACCCUCCACCACAACAAGCCGGCCAGCAGGGGUACCCGCCACCACCACCAACACAGCAGCAGCAGCAAGAGGGUUACCCUCCAGCAGGCCAGAUACCGGGCCAACCAGCGGAACCUGCCCCAAGUUAUUCUCAACAAGACCCGGCUCAACAACAGAACCAAUCCUAUCCGACCAAGUAAAAUAGAUACAGCUACCAGUAGCUGCCAAGGAUAGAACUUCGCCUCCAUCCCGCCAUGCCCCGCUUCAGUACGCCCCCUUAACCCCAACCAAAUACCCACUCAGCCAACAUCCAUUCAUCCCUAAAAACGCCCCAUCAUGUAUAAGCAUGGUGGAAUAAACAAAUAGUGGUAGUCUGGUAGAUAUACAAUGAAUAUUUCUGUUUCAUUUCAUUUACUCUCUGCGACGUGAUUCACUGAAGAAUUACCAUUAAACAUCAAACUGUCUUGCAACAAAACUCAUUCUAGGUUAUCCAGGAAAUCGAAGGCCCAAGAAAAAUACUCAGUGCAGAUAUCACGAAAUAUUGAAAUAUGUUUUCUUUGAAGUGAAAAUUCACCCUGACACCGAGUUAAAAAAACAAAAAAACCACAGACUCAUGAAUAGAUAAAGGGGCGGGGUAGAAAAAGGCAGUUCCCCUACGUUUACAACACUUUUCUGUAAGUAAACAAACAGUCUGAUAGUCAUAAGAAUUUAUCCUAAUCAAGUAUUUGCAUGGACAAUUUCAAUUCAUGGAUGAAGGGAGUGGGUGAGCAGAUGUUUUAGACGGGCGGAAAAAAACGAUCCUUCUCGGGUGUUCUCUGAUGAUUUUCAAUUGCAUUCAUGGAGGUUACGUUAAUGCCGUUUACAUACUUAAACAACCAAAUUGGUUGAAUGAAGAAAAAAAAGAGACAAGAAAUCGAACCGUUACUGUGAUCAGAUUAUUGCUACGUUAUGGCGAAUCUUCAGCUCUGGUAUGGGCAUCGUAAGUCAAGAGAAUGUGGCUAUAUUUCAUUCUGGAUUGUUUAUCCUGCUGUAAUAAAUAAUGAUAAUAAUAAGAUAUUUGUAUACCGCAAAUUGCCAAUUGCCUCUAAGCGGUUUAGAAGAAAAUAGCUGAUAAGUAAAGGAAACAGAAUUUGCAUUACAAAUUACAUCAAUUCAAUUACCAUUAAACCUUUGUAAAUAAAAAUAAUACAUGUUCAUAAUUACAAAUCACUUACAACGUAGUACACUACGUUAAUCUACAAAAAAUAAAAGGCAUAUUAGGUCGAAAGGGGUUUUCAGGAACAAGACUGAAGAGAUGUGUUUUUAGCAUUGUUUUACAUGUAUUUAAAGAACUAGCAUUGCGAAUUUGAAGGGGGAGAUUGUUCCAAGGAAAUACAGCUGCAUAAACGAAAGAACCUUGAUCGUAUUGUUUGUAUGAAAUAGUGUGAGACCGAAAGAGGAGAGAUUGAGAAGCAGAUCGCAAAGUCCGGACAGGAGUGUAUGGAGGAAGGAGUUCAGAAAGAUAUGAUGGAGCGAAACCAUGAUAAGUCUUGAAAGUAAGGAGGAGGAUUUUGUAGGGAAUGCUAGAAGUGAUAGGAAGCCAGUGAAGUUUAUGAAGA